AUCGCCGGGACGGCUCCUCUCCUCUGCCGCUGGUCGGAGACCGUCGGGCUCCCCUGCCGCCGCCGGGUCACCCCAGCUGAGGGCACGCGCCCGCCGUCUGCGACUGGUGGAUACUGCCGGUGACAGUCAAGCCUCGUCGCCAGUCAACAAGCGGAAGGGCCUAUCGGGGCGUAAAUGGCUGCCGACGCCGCUGCGGAAGCUGUCGCACAACAAGCUGACGGCGACGCCCUCCCUGAGUGCCGGCGAGCUCCCGCCCGUGGCCGGACGGCCGCUGCCACCCAAGCCGCCGCUUAAGAAGACCAACUCGGAGAGAAAGGUCCAGGCGGGAGUGGACGGCUCGAUGGGUAACCGGGUGUCGGGCGGCAGCGCCACCAGCUCAGACGAGCCGGGAGCCGCCGCCGCCGCCGCCGCUGCUGACGACCAGGACGAGCCCGAGCUGCCGCCGCCGAUGCGCGUGCUGGAGGACCCGGCGGCCGUGGCCGGACCGGCUGCCACCGUCACAGACGGCGCCGCACACGGGCCGGAGCUGGCCGCCGGCAGCUCUGCCGAGCACGCCGCCACAGAGCUGGAGCAGCUGGUCAAACAGCGCCUGGAGGGUCACACGGAGGGUGACGGUCCUCCGGGGCGGGCCGAGCCGCCCGACCCGGCGCCGGACGGCGCGCAGGGCGGCUCCUCAGAGGACGAGGACGAGGAAAACUCGCGGCAGCAGAAGGCGCUCAAAAAGAGGAGUUUCGUCAUCCAGGAGCUGGUCGAUACGGAGCGGGAAUACAUCCGCUCGCUGGGCCAGAUCGUGGACGGCUACCUGCGGCUGAUGCGCGAUGAAAACUGUCCCGUACCCCUGCCGGAGGAUCUCUGCUCUGAUAAGGACCGGCUCAUGGGCAAAGACAAAAUCAUCUUCGGCAACAUCGAGGCCAUCUAUGAGUGGCAUCGAGAUUCGUUCCUGAAGGCGCUCGAGCGGUGUAUAGACAACCCUGCCGAGCUAGGCCCUCUGUUCAAACGGUACGAACGCAAGCUGCACAUGUAUGUCGUCUACUGCGAGAACAAACCCAAGUCUGAGUACAUCGUAUCGGAGCAUAUCGACAUGUAUUUCGAGGAGCUCCGGAAACUGUUGAAUCACAAGCACCAGCUGACGGACCUGCUGAUCCAGCCGAUCCAGAGGAUCAUGCGGUAUCAGCUGCUUCUCAAUCAGAUUCUCAGGCACACAGAGGUAGCGGGUCUCACUGACGAGGUGGAGGCACUACGGAAGGCCGUCAACGUCAUGAUCGUGGUGCCGAAGGCGGCAGACGACAUGAUGAACGUCGGCAGACUGCAGGGAUUCGACGGGAAGAUCACGGCGCAGGGCAAGCUGAAGCGGUUCGGCAACAUGCUCUGCUGCGAGGGCGUAUCGGCGGCCAACUUCCGCGGGAAGGAGCACGUCGUGUUUUUGUUCGAGCAGAAUGUGAUAUUUAGUGUGCCGCUGGGCCGUCGCUCGGCGUUCACGAACCCCGGAUACGUGUACAAAAGCCACAUACAGGUGAACAAAAUGUCGCUCAACGAGAACGUGGACGACGGCGACCCGUGCAAGUUCCGUUUGAGCAGCACCGACCCGCAGAAACCCAACGUCUCGUGGGUCUGCCAAAUGUCCAGCGUAGACGAGCGCAACGAGUGGGUGCGUGAGCUGCGCUCAAUGCUGCAGACGCAACAGAACUUCCUCAAGGCCAUCCAGUCGCCCAUCGCCUACCAGGAAAAGGAGAAAUUCAAAGAAGUCGGCGAGCUGGUGAGUCACCACGGCAGCGGGUCGCUGCGGCGCGGAGCCGUGCCGCCCAGCAGUCUGCUCGACAACGGCGCGGCGCCGGCCGAGCCGCACGGCCACCCGCCGCCGCACGCGCCCGUCCGCUCGCCGACAUCCAGUCUGCCGAGCUCUCCGGCGGCCGGCGCUCCGUCACCGAGCGGCGAGUUUCCCAGUCCCACCGAGCCGCGCAAACUGUCACUGCAGACCGAGAAGAAACCCACCGGCUUCCUGACAGGCUUCAAGAAGACGCUGCGCUCGCGUAAAACGGAGACGAGUCUGCUGUAUGCGUCGGCUGAGGCCGAAGGCGCGGCGCCGUUUCCCGCGGGUACCACGGUUUCCGUCGUGACCACCUACAAUGCCGAGUGUGAGGACGAGAUGGACGUCCAGCGCGGCGACCUCGUCCACGUGGUGUCGUACAACCGGUCGCGCGGCUACCUGGUGCACCGGGCUGCCACGCGCACCUCGCCGGCCGCCGAGGGCUGGGUGCCGCCGCACGUGCUGGCCGCCGCCGACCCGCUCCAGAGGCGCACCAACUGGGCGUUCCGGUUCCGACGGCCGAGCGGCGGCCCGCCGCGCGAGGUGAAGCGCCACUCCUCGGACCAGACUGAGCGGCGCCACGUCAGUGUGCGGCUCAUGGAGCCGGGCCGGCCGCCGUGCCGGCUGCGGCGCGCCCCGUCCGAUGUGACCGUGUAUGCCGGCGACACGGUGGUGCUGUCGUGCACCGUCAGCCAGCCCGAGGAUGUGGUGGACGCCCAGUGGCGCGACCCGUGGAACCGCGUGGUGGACGGCGGCCGCGCCUCGCACACGGUGGAUGACGACGGCACGUGUCGGCUGACCAUCCAGGGCGCCGAGAGCGGCGACAGUGGAGAGUACGUGUGUGAGGUGUUCACGGACCGUCAGGUGCUGCGCGCCGCCGCCACCGUCACUGUGGUCGGCGACAUGACCUGACCUCCGCCGCCGCCGCCGCCGCCGCCGCCGCCGCGUCCAUUGUGAUAUCUUCUAAGUCAGUGUAGCCGCUCGGGCCCUGCGCCGGAGCCCCCCAAUGUGUCUCCCGUGCCGGCCGUGCGGCCCCCCGCCCCGGCGCGGGAUCGCUGGUGAAUAUAUACGCCACCGUUUUGCA